CCUUCACCCACGCAGCUCCGACCGCGACACAUCUCUGACCUCUCAUUCGCGAGCACGCCUCCCUGUUACAACUCUCUCGCGUCCCUCUCGUUCCGCAUCGCCUCCAUCUCCCUCACGCGUGCGCAGCAUGGCUCCAUCGGCUGCCGCCGCCACCGGCGGCACCGCGCGGCCCACCGUGUCGCGCGUGUCGACGGGCAGUGGCAGUGGCUCGGACGACGAGGUCGUGGCCAGCACGACGGUGACGACCACCAUUCUGAGCUCGGCGGAUGCGGCGCAGCGCGAGCUCGGAGAGUAUACGGCCAAGGCGGGCGGCGAGAAGACGACGACGACGACGGUGACGCACGUCGGCACCAAAGGCCUCUCGCACGAAGUGGGCAAGGGCGGCCUCGUCACGCUGCGGCCGUCGCAGUCGAGCCGGGCAAAGCGCAGCGGCCGCAAGAUCCGCGCCCUCGUCAGCUUUGUGCCGCGCGAGAGCGCCUUUGAUCGCUUCCAUCCGCACAGCUCCACCGACCCCUUCCGUGGCUUCUACGUGCUCUUCUGGAUCGCCCUCUUCAUUCUCAUGCUCAACACGUCCUACACAUCGUGGGCGUCAACGGGGCAGGUGAUCAGCAUGACGUUUGCCACGCUCUUCAGCCGCGAUGCCUGGGUGCUGCUGCUCUCCGACGCCACGCUGUGCGCCAGCACGUUCAUCUGCGUGCCCUUUGCCCUCGUGCUCAAGCGCGGCUGGGUCAGCUACUGGCCGACGCUCAUCUGGGCACAGCAUGCGUGGCAGGCGGCGCUGCUCUUCUCGGUGAUCCGCUGGACGCAGUACCGCGACUGGCCCUGGGUGCAGUCGGGCUUCCUCACGCUGCACACGCUGAGCAUGAUGAUGAAGAUUCACUCCUACAUGGCGGUCAACGGCGCCAUGGCGGACAACUACCACCGCAUGCGGCGCCUGGAAGUGCAGCUCGAGGAGCGCGUGGCCGAAAUCUCAGACGACAAGGACGCCAAGCUCGGCGCCGGGCAGCUCGUCAGUGACAGUGCAUGGGCCGCGGCGGUGCGCAAGGCCCUCGAGGCGGAACAGGGCGAGGCGGUGGAGCACAGCAAGGACUGGUCGCGCCGCGACGUGCAGCGUGGCUCGAACCAGCUGCGCCAUCGCACCAACACGGCGCAUCGACGAGCGGCGGUGCUGACGGACAAGGAGAAGCCGGCGGCGACGACGGAGGCCUCUGCAGCAGGCAAGGAGGCCAAGGCUGGCCAUCACGAUGGCGAAACGACGGUGCGCGACCCUCAUCCGCUCGCCUCGCAUCCCGACAGCGUCGUGGCGCAGCUGGCGCGCUCCAUUGAAGAGCUGCGCGAGGAGCUUCUCAGUGCCGGGCCCAACGAGAAGGGCGAGCAUGUCAGCUGGCCACAGAAUGUCACGUACGCCAACUUCUUCGACUAUCUCUGCUGCCCCACGCUCGUCUACGAGCUGACGUACCCUCGCGUCAAAAACAUUCGCCCCUCGUACCUCCUGGAAAAGGCACUCGCGGGCGUCGGCACCUUCUGCGUCAUCUACGUCAUCACCGAGCACUGGAUCAUGCCGCACCAGCCCGGCCCCGACACGCCGAUCAUCCAGACGUUCCUGCAGCUCGCCGUGCCCAUGAUGGUCAAUUAUCUCCUCAUCUUCUUCGUCAUGUUCGAAUGCGCGCUGGCCUUUGCUGGCGAGGCCACGCGCUUUGCCGACCGCGAGUUCUACCUCGACUGGUGGAACUCGCGCUCGAUGGACGAGUUCAGCCGCAAGUGGAACAAGCCUGUGCACUCCUUCCUGCUGCGCCACGUCUAUGCCCACAGCAUCACAGCCGGCGCGUCCAAGAAGGUGGCCAUGCUCUACACGUUCCUACUCUCGUCGCUGCUGCACGAGCUCGUCAUGGCCAUUGUCAGCGGCAAGAUCCGCGGCUAUCUCUUUGCGCUGCAGAUGGCGCAGAUCCCGCUGAUUGCCAUCAGCCAGAUCCCGUGGGUGAAGCGCAACCCGACGGUGGGCAACAUGAGCUUCUGGGUGGGCCUCUUCAUCGGCUUCCCCAUGCUCAACAUCGGCUACAUUCUCUUCUGAUGCCCAGACGUCUGCUUCGCCGGGGAUGUGUGCCGCUCUUGCCUGCCUCACUUAAUGCCAUGUGCCUUGCGUCGGA